CUUGUGUCAAGUCGUGGGGAGCGCAGGUGUUAGUAAAAGUUGGCUUUGAUGUGUGCCGGCACCUGACCCCGGGGCUUCCCGCUUGCUAGGUGGCGGAGGCCAGGCUCUCUACGGCGCGGGCGGAGCCUCGGGGCUCGGCUGGCCAUGCCUGGAGCGCGGGGUUUGAGUGGGCCGUUGUUGUAGUGACCGCGAGGCGCUGCCGCUCCGGGCAGACUGUUCCGGGCGCCGCAAGGUCCCCCUUCCUACCUCGCCCCCUCCCUUUCCCCGAUUCCCCACACGGGCAGGGGGCAGGAGCCAGGAGCCAACCGUUCCCCCCAUGGCCUCCGCCCCGGAGGACCCCGUUCUGCAGCGCUAUUUUAAGGGCCACAAAGCGGCGAUCACCUCCGCGGACUUUAGUCCCGACGGCAAACAACUUGCUACCGGUUCUUGGGAUACGUUUCUCAUGCUGUGGAGUUUCAAGCCGCAAGCUAGAGCUUUCAGAUAUGUGGGUCACAAGGACAUUGUAACCAGCGUGCAGUUUUCUCCACUUGGAAACUUACUGGCAUCUGCUUCACGAGACAGGACCGUUAGACUCUGGAUUCCUGAUAAGAGAGGGAAAUCCUCUGAAUUUAAAGCUCACACAGCUCCAGUUAGAAGUGUGGACUUUUCAGCCGAUGGCCAGUUUCUUGCUACAGCUUCUGAAGACAAAUCUAUCAAAGUAUGGAACAUGUAUCGCCAGCGCUUCUUAUAUUCUUUGUACCGACACACACACUGGGUUCGCUGUGCCAAGUUUUCACCUGAUGGAAGACUAAUUGUAUCAUGUAGUGAGGAUAAAACUAUUAAAAUCUGGGAUACCACAAAUAAGCAAUGUGUUAAUAACUUCUCAGAUUUUGUAGGGUUUGCAAAUUUUGUGGAUUUUAACCCUAAUGGUACAUGCAUAGCUUCAGCAGGUUCUGAUCAUACCGUGAAAAUCUGGGAUAUAAGAGUGAACAAGUUACUCCAGCAUUAUCAAGUUCACAGCGGUGGAGUUAAUUGUGUGUCAUUCCAUCCUUCGGGUAACUAUCUCAUCACUGCUUCUUCAGAUGGUAUGCUUAAGAUUCUGGACCUCUUAGAAGGAAGGCUUAUAUAUACACUUCAAGGACAUACGGGGCCUGUCUUCACUGUUACAUUUUCAAAAGGUGGAGAGCUGUUUACAUCAGGAGGUGCAGAUGCACAGGUCUUAUUGUGGAGGACUAACUUUGAUGAACUGAAUUGUAAAGACGUUAUUAAAAGAAACCUCAAAAGAUUACACUUUGAUUCACCACCACAUCUUCUCGAUAUCUACCCAAGGACACCACAUCCCCGGGAGGGAAAAAUUGAAACUGUUGAAAUUAAUCCAAAGCUUGAUGUAGUCGAUUUGCAGACCUCUACUCCCCCUGUUGUGGACAUCCUUUCUUUUGAUUCUACCACAACAACGGAAACCACUGUUCAUACUCUACCAGACAAGGGUGAAGAGAUCUGCGGAUAUUUCUUGAACCCUUCUUUAAUGUCAUCAGAAUGUUCACCUACAACCUUGAAAAAGAAAACAGAAGAAAUGAGUGACCUCCCUUCUGAGAAUCAGCGAAGCAUACCACUCGCUGUGACCGACGCGCUAGAGCAUAUCAUGGAACAGCUCAAUGUUUUGACACAGACUGUUUCAAUCCUGGAGCAGCGACUGACUUUGACAGAGGAUAAGCUGAAAGACUGCCUUGAAAAUCAGCAAAGGCUUUUCAAUGCUAUCCAACAGAAAAGUUGAAUAGAAAGAUAUGAGCAGAGGCACGAGAAAUGAACACAUGUACACGUACUCAGGAAGGUAGUACAAGAUGCUUUAUGCAACACAACCAUGUGCUAAUUAUCAUGGCAUUUCUUAAAGGUGAACAAAAGGCAGAAAAGGCAUAAUUAAGGACUAAUUUAAACACACAAAUCAAUGCCGAGGACUAAUUCAAAUCAUUACCAUUUAUGAUUGCAGUAAUAAAGUGAUACACGUUCAAGUUGCUCUGUAUUUUCCCCCAUAUUAUUUUAAAUGUCAGUUUUCAUUAAUAGUCCAAAUCCUGCCAGUAAAGUAGUCAAAUCUCUGUAUUUCACUCUUAUUCCAAAUUGACCAUGUUCAGGCAAUUCCUUAAACACCUGGUGUACUUCUUUAGUGUAAACAGUACCCUUGGGGUGAAAUAAUUCACUUACCUCUAAAACAGCAUUUUGUAUGCAGAGAAUGAAUUAAUGAUCUGAUUUGUAUUUCUUUCUGUUAAAAAAAAAAUUCUUUACCUAUGUCUUGAAAAGAUGAUCUCAUACAACUCCCAAACCGCAGAAUUUCCACAGCAAGAAUACACUUAUUUUAAUUAGCAACAGGACAUACGGCGGGGGUUUCGAUUUAAUUUAUGGUAUACAUUGUUUAUUCUUUGACCAACCUAAAAGAAGAGUUAGAAAUAUGUAAAGUGCACAAAUCUGCUUCCGUAGAUGAAUGCACUGAAUGAUUUGGGUUGUAUCCAAACCUGUGAUCUCAGUUUACGAAGAUUAAGUUAGUGCAGAAUCCUCAAAACCCAGAACGAUACAACAGCAAUAUUUAAAAAUAUACACACAUGUAUGUUCACAUUCUUCAGAAAUAUUUAGGGUGAUUUUGUAGCUGAAUAUAAGUACUUUAAAAGAACAUUUGCAUCGUCUUCCUAUUUUUUUUUUAAUGAAUUGUGAUUUGAAACAAAAUGAAAAUAAGCCAGGCAUUCUAAAAGAUCUUGGUUUUAAAUUAAGAAUUUUAUCUUAAACAAAAUAAGAGAUUAAAUUGAAAAAAACUGAAUUUAGUUUGCAUUUCUGUUAACCUAUAUCUAGAACAGAAGGUAGGAGAAGGCAGUCCACAUUUAUGAUGCCUGUAGGCAUAUCAUGGGGAAAAUACUGUCUAUGCUUUGGAAAAGAAAAAAGUCCUAUUUAUCUAGGAGUCUAUAUUUAGAAAUCUCUCAAAGCAAUUUUGAUUGUAUUUAUGAGGUGAUUUUGUUUUAUCAUCUCGUGUGUUUUAAGUGACUUUUUAGAUAAUACUAAGUGUGGACUUCUAGACAGUUUCAAGACUUUAUAAGAUGAAGUGGCACUGUAUUUUUAUAACCUCAUUGAGAAGACUAAGAAAUGAAA